GGAAUUUCGAGGUUAUGGGUUUGUUAAGCCAUAAGUGCUGUUUUGUGCAAAAGAUUAUACAAAGAGUCAAGAGCAUGGAAUUUUAGUAGUGAUUGUCGGAAAUGUUUUACCUGGAAUCAUGCUUUUCAAGUCCAGGAUUUGAAUGGUUUGGAACCGCCCGGUAACAUCUUGUUAACCUACGGAGAUAAUCCAAGUUGUAAAUAAUGAAACAUAAUUGUUUAGAGCUGUUGGGACCACUUUAAUUGGGAAAAGAUUGUUUGCUUCCCACUUCACUUUUGGGUUUGUUUCAUAUUGGGCAUUGUGAAAUAUAUAUUGAGGUGUAAUAAACAAAAGUUAUUUUGCUGUAUUACUGGUUAAUUAUGAAACGAUCCUCAAAAAUACUAUCAUCAUUAAUUGCAUUCAGAUCUAAUAAGUAUGUCAGUUUUGUGGAAAUUAACUUGUCGAAAGCUUGACGGUCUUUGUCAACCGAAAGCCAGGAGAUGGGUUGGAAUUACUGUUGGUAUACUGGAACUAUUUUUCUUUGGAGGAUAUUACUACGGUUUCAAUUCCCUUAUACCAGCUUGGAAAUCAUUAGGGGUGUCUGCAUAUAAUUGUAGUAAUGCAACGAACACCUGUUUAUAUAAUGACUCUAUAUUUGGAAAUGGUUUUAUUGUUUGGGUUGUCACGCAAAAUUGUCUUAUUUCAUUCUCUGGUAUAUUCAUGGAUAAAGUUGGAUUAAGGGCUUUAAAGUUGGUAGCUAUAACUAUGUAUUUUGUUGGAACACUAUUUUUUGCCUUUAUGCAUAGGGAAACAGAACCAUUGUAUUAUAUUGCCGGUAUAUUGGUCGCUAUAGGGAGUACUUCAAAUCUUAUAUGCAAUCAACAUAUCACUUCGAUGUUUCCAAAAUAUCGAGGAUUCGGAAUAUCUCUUCUCUCUGGUGCUUUCGACUCUAGCACACUAAUAGCAUUUAUACUUUCUGAAACAUAUUCACAGUUUUCAUUACAGAAAUCAUUCAUUAUCCUAGCGAUUGUUUCUAUAUGUGUUGGUCUAUUCAUGGCUACAUUUAUUUUAACCACAAGAUCAGAUGACAUGAGAAAAUUUGCAAGCAACUUUAGCGAUGCUGUAACAAGUGAGAAUGAUGGUGAACAGGAGAAACUGUCUCAAGAAUGCGUCAGGAAUAAUAAUGAAAGCACGCCAUCAUUGGAUAAAGAGGCAAAAAAUAGUGAAGUAUCUAGAAAAAUCAAAAUGAUAAUAGACCUCCGUUAUCAAUCAAUAAAAGAUUGUAUAAUAUCGCUACCAUUCUUGCUUAUUACAAUAUGGUUUAUGCUUGGAUUAUUUCGUUUUUCAACAUUUCUUGGACAAUUACAACGUAUCAUAAACGAAUUGUUUCCAAACGACAUAAUGACCAUUGAUCAUCUAUUGCAAAUUUCAUCAGCAUUUUCAAUGUGUGGAUUUUUAGCCGCUCCAAUUACUGGUUUCACAAUGGAUAUAUCGCAAGCCUAUUGUAGGCGAAAAAUUAUGCGAAAUGAUUAUAAUAUAAAUGAACAGCAUCAUAGAAAUCAAAUUUAUUAUACAUAUAUAUUCGGUUUAGCGCCUGCACUACUUUUUAUGGCAUUUUGUGCUAUGAUCAUAAGCUGUUUAAUAUUUAUACCGAAUCGUGUGGCUUAUUAUUUUGCAUUUCUGUUUUUUGUUAUGCUACGUUCAUUGUUAUUUAGUGCAUCUGUAGGCUUUUGCUUGACUGCUUUUCCUGUACAUUACUUCGGAACAGUAUGUGGUAUAUUAAAUUCAAUCGGUGGUAUAUUCAGUCUAUUACAAUAUGCAUUUCAGUAUACAAGUAGCGCAGAAAUAGCUAAUAUUAUCAUAACUAUUUGUUCUGUUGGCUUAUUUAUACCACCUGUUAUUCUGUUUAAAAUGAAAAGUCGGUAAAUUUAGGAGGAAACCUCGAAUAACAAACAUUAUUAUUCAGUAUAUGUAUGCUCUACUUUUUUUAAAUUGAUAAUCCUCAACACAAUGUAUUCUCUUGAUUUGUAGUUACUUGUUGUAUCUGUAUUUAAAGUGUCUCAAGCAAUAAAAAACAAUGAGUUUAAAGAGUCCUUAUGUAAUUGCAUCAAAUUAUGUAUACCUUUAAUACUACACUGGCUUUGAUACUCUUUUUGGUGCUUAUCUCUUUUUUUAUCAAUAGUGGAAUUCCAAUUUUCACUUCCAGAACUUUUUUUUAAAAAAAAAUAAACAGGAUAGAUUUUUUUUAUUCAAAAAUUAUUUAUGCUCAAUAGAAUGGUAUAAUUUACAGUAAUUAUAUAUAUAAACAUCAUUUCACUCAGAAUGAUGUUUCAUUAAAUAUAGACAGAAUAAAUGUACUGGAAUGUCCAUUAUACGUUAGAGUAAUUUGCUAGAUGUAUUUACAUUCUAGUGUUUAUGCUUCCACUGAGAAUCAAAUGCAUCGAUUGCCUUGAUGUAAAUGCUGUAGAGGUGCCCAGUGAGAUCGUUCUAUUUGUUAAUAAAAAUUGUAAUUUUACAGUAGAGACAGUUGGAUUUUGGGUUGAAAAAUUAGCGAGUACUUCAUCAUUUACCUAAAACACACUUAUUCUGAUCAUAACUAACAGAUAUAAUUAAUUAUACAUUUUUAAUUUCAUUUUAGCCACAAGAGGAGAUUACGAUAAUGACGAUAAUUCUUAAUGCUUUUGAACAUUGGUGUGAGCCAUUUAAAUUAAGUUUCCUCAAUAAUUUCCUUAUGUCAAUAAUAGUUAACCAGUAGAAAUGACAGUGACAAUCAUAAACCAAUCUUUUGAAGCUUAUCGAACUCUUAUGGAAGUUUUUCCUAAAGUUUCAAAUACUGUUAUUUUCAGUCCUGAGACAACUAUGUCCUAAUAAUUCUCAGAAAUGUAUGUUAUAGGAAUUUAAAGUGAAGUGAAUAUUGGAGUGGGAAUUUUCCUACUACUGGUUUAUUUUUCACUUAAAAUAUGUAGUAAAUAAAAGUUGAAACAUUAAUUGGUAAUUGAUAACUCUAGAUUAAUACAACCAGAUGUUUUAUGUUUAUUACAGUAUAGAUUAUCUCAUGUUGAUAAUCUGCUUAUGAGUAGAUAAAUAAAAAUUUUAAUUUUCUCAUAAUUGCUAAUAUAUUUAUUCUUCAUAAAUAUUAGUCUCAAAGUUGAAAUUUUCUAAAAUGAUAUAAAACAAUUAACUUCAAAGAACAAUGUGAAUGUUAUGAUAUACAUUCGAUUAUUCUAUAUGUACUUCAUAACCGACAAUGGUUUUCGGUAAAUAUUUAUUCUAUUGAUAAGUAAAUGUUUCAUUACAGUCAUACGAAAAAUAACAAACUUUUUGAACUAUAGUUAGUAACUGGCAUAGAAAAUCUUUCAUCUUGUGUGAUUUUAGACUGAUAGAUGUUAUUUUCAGCUUUUGACGUAUUCACAUUAAAUUAGGAGAUUUUCAUUUUUAUCAUACAGCUGAAUGCCGUGCAGAAAAACAUAGUAGUUGUUUAAUUUGUUUAAAUACUAAAGAAUUUUGUUAUCAAAUUAUAAAUGUUUAUUUAUGCCCGAAUACUUAUAUCUGUCAUCAAUUAAUGAAGUUAUUUCACCAAGUUUGCAUGAUUCUAUUUUGAAGAUAAACCAUUUUUCAAUUAUACAGUUGUCUUCAUAAAAAAGCAUCUCAAGCAAAUUUACAAUAGAUUAGAUUAUGUACAUAGAGUAGUUAACUUAUUAGUGUCUUCGGAAACAACAUAGGCUAAUUCAUAGAAGUACUAUUGAUGAG